AUGGCUGAUCUUCAUCGAGAAUCUCUGUUGAAACUCACUGUGGCCGCAUUGAAAGACGAACUGUUUUCGAGGAAUUUGCCCACAUCAGGACUGAAAGAUGACUUGAUCGAACGUCUUCGAGAAGCUCUUGAAAGAGAGCAAAGUUGUGGUGGUAUAUCCGACAACGUUGGUGAAACGAAUGAGCUGAGUAAGAAAGCUGCGGAAGAAAAGCAGAAGGAAGAAUCCGCAUUGGAAGACAAAUUAACGCAACUUUUGUCAUUCAUGACAGAAAUGAAAGCUGGACAAGUUGAAAUGAAAACAGAAAUGAAAGCAGGACAAGUCGAAAUGAAAGCAGGACAAGCAGAAAUGAAAUCUGAGAUGAAGGAAAUUAAUAACGCCGUGAAGGUAGCCAAUGCUAGAGUAGAGGAAUUUGAAGGAAGAUUAGAAGAAAUGGAAAAGAAAUUUGAGAAAUUGAAGCAAGAAAUGGAAGUUCAAGUUACUGAAGAAUCAAGAGAGUCCUAUGAAACUCCUCAAGAAUUUCGAUUGGCUGCUGCAAAUCAAUCUCAAAAUGCUCGAUAUAUGCCUGUUGUCAACAGACCCUGUAUGAAAUUACUGCCGUAUGACGGACAAACAUCUUGGCAGGUGUAUAAGACGCAGUUCGCCAUUGUCGCAGAAGCUAAUGGCUGGGACCCAAUUACCAAAGCUCGCCAAUUGGCUUCUUCUCUCCGAGCCGAAGCUGCAGAUAUACUGAGGACCAUUCCCGAUAAUGAACAGUUAAAUUUUGAUGCUCUUUCAAGUGCCCUAGAGUUGCGUUUUGGCGAGAAAUGCCUGAAGGAUUAUAGCCGACUUCAGUUAAAGACUCGCCAACAAAAACCCAACGAAACCCUUCAAGAUCUCGCAACGGACAUUGAAAAGCUGUCCCACCUCGCCUUCUCCGAUUGUCCUACUGAAGUAAGAGAGACUUUAGCUGUGCAGUAUUUCGUCGAUGGCGUCAGAGACGUAGAAAUACAAAAGGCACUACGAAUGGCGGAAACUAAGGAUCUGAAGUCCGGUUUAGUCUACGCGAUCAAGUUUGAAGCGGCACAACAAGCAUCGAGAAGGGAUCGUCACUUUAUCAGAGGUGCGGAGGUGAAACGAGAUGAGGAUCCUUUACUUAAAGUUAUGACACAACUGUUAGAGGAGUUCCGGGGGAUGAAGCAGAGGUCUGGAGAGGAGACAGGCAAAUUUAAAAGAAACAACGCCCGUUGCUGGAAAUGUGGAGCAGAAGGCCAUCUCCAAAGGCAAUGCCAGGCUCGCCAAGAUCAACGGCCUAGGAGCCUGUCGAGGAAUAAUACUCAGGAAAACUAGGUAGUGGUGGUCUCGCGGGGCGGAGGUUGCCAGAGAAUGAAAAGCCCCAUUUUGAAGUGUUACAAAUUUCAUCAAGCAGCGAGAAUGGACUGUUUAUUGAAGCGAAUGUAAAUGGAUUUCCGUGUCGAAUGGUCGUUGACACAGGGGCCAAUGUCACCAUUUUGCGCCAAGAUUUAGCACAACAACUUGGCGUAAAAAUUCUUCGGACACCGCCCUGCGUUACCCUUCAGACCGUGAAAGGGGAUAAAAUCCCCAUUAUUGGCAAGAUGCAUAUAACAAUUAAGUUUGGAAAUGUGUUAUAUGGCCAUACCGUGUUUGUAGCCGAAAUCACCGACAUUUUUAUACUCGGUUUGGACUUCUUAACAAAACAUAAUUUUGUAAUUGACUUUGAGAAUAAUGUGCUACGCUCAAAUU